CUACUUCAUAGGAACCUCCCGAAAGCUAUAAACUCAGCAUUUUACUCAUGAUCAUGAUUGUUCCGUGGCGCAAACCACUGGCCCGAUUUGGCUGAGUCGACUGCCGCAGCUGCCACUCUUCCAGUAGUGCGGUGAAGCGACGUCCACAUUGAUUGUUAUACUAGCGGACAUCACAAACACAACAACCUACUUUUACUCAGAAGUAGUUCCGCUUCCGUUUUUGAUUGUUCGGAGGAGCAGGUAAAUCCGUCAAGAUGUCGACCACUACAAAAUCACACAAAAGAAACGAACAGCUGAAGCACGGCGAUGUCUCGCUAUCAGCAGAGGAAGAAAAAAGAGCGAAAGAACUGUACUACCAUUUGUUGUAUCGAACUUGUUAAAUGCUUGUGGGGCUCGUUGUGAAGGAUCCAUAACCUAACCUAACCUAAAACCUCCUAGUUUCUUGAUCAUUUUAAAAUCGGCGGGUUCGUAGAGAAUAGAAUGAUAGAGGAGCACUAAGCUCCGCCUGCCGCCGGUUUGCGAACUGGAUAAAGCUGAGGCCGCUCUUUCAGUAGCCCCAGGAUACAAAAAAAAAUAAAACUUUUCCUGAAAUCUCCAAAUCCAAAUCCAAAACCUCAAUAUGAUUCAAAAUACCAUGAAAAACUUGUUUCCUUCGACCUUCUCUUCAUCCGCAUUCUACUAGUAAACGAUCGACAUUUAUUUCCUCAUCCACCAUAUAUUUCCUCAUCUCCUUCUUCUACCUAAUUACACUGUCCUAGGUUUGCGGUGUACGACUACGAUAAGUCAGAUAACAUAUCACCUGAUGAGCUUCGCGACUUGCUGGUAGAACUCGGCUUCGAAAUUCAGGAUGAAACCAUUACAGAUGUCACGGCGACGCAUGGUAAACAAGACUUGUUCAUCACUUUGGUAUAGGAAACUAAACUCAACAUGCAACCUAUCCUGAGAGACGCCUGCUGCACGACAUCAAGAAUUCGCAGUUGUGACAGUGAGUCCUUGCUGCAACAGCUAUGAACCUUUCUCCGUCUACAGCAUCACAGUCCGUUUUGAUCCUCCUCAUCCUCUCCAAUCUACAGUUACUCUAGUACUGAUGGCCUACUAAUUAUACUCACAUCUAAAAAAACUACAACAGCAAAAGACCCGAAGAAAAUCGCGUACUCGGAAUUCCGACUCAUCUACAUGGAGUUUCUAAGUCAGAUGCCGUCAGCAUUGCGAAAGCAGAACAUGCAUGGAGACUGCCGACCAUGCGUAUUGAACAUCAAAAGCCACAUUAGUUGAUACCUCCCUAGUUUCACAAGACAUGGUGGACACCUAUUCUAGAUCCACUUCCUUCAUGUAACAACUCCCAGCCUCGUCGAUUUGAGACAUCAUCUUCUAUUUCCAAUUCCAUACACAAGGAAGUCGCUUAGAUUUGAGACAUCACCCAUGCAAGAUAAUUCUUAGCAGUGAUACGCAACAUCCUCAUCCAUACCCCACCCUCGCCCAGCAUCAAGACAUCUACUUCACGGAAGCGUCGUAUCGGUCGGCGUUUAAGAUGUACGAUUUUGAUCGAAGCGGAACCCUAGAGCGGAACGAAAUAGUUUAUUUGCUAGACGAUUUGGGUAAUUCAUUUUUCAUUAAAUCUACUACUUGCUAGACGAUUUGGGUAAUACUAAUGAUACAACUUAUGUAUCAAAUGUAGGUGUAUCUAUGUGAUUUUUUUGUCGCUCGGGGUGAUCUCGCACUGUUCUCUUUCUUGCUUCAAAGCCUAUGCUUUUCUUACACCACGGUGACAAUAAUUAGUAUUAGCCACACCCACUUCGUGAUGACAACAGGUCUUCCCGAUGUCCAUGGUGACAAUUAUUCGACCCUAAUGGAUCACGCCUUCUCACGCGUCGACUGGGAUCAUAGUGGGAGCCUCGAUUUUCAAGAGUUUUGUAGCUUCAUCAACGAAGUGAUCAACUACAUUUAUGGAUCUUAUUCAAACACUCAGCUUCAUCAACGAAGUGAUCAACUACAUUUAUGGAUCUUAUUCAAACACUCAGGUUCUCAUUUUCAAAUGAGACUCUUAAGAAAGGGAGCCCGCUGACUACGUAAGCAGUCCCUAAAUCUUUAACAAAAACUUUGAUACCUCUCUCUAAUCACUCGAGGAGAUUCGCGAGGAGGGGACGAAGAACGUGAAGGUGUACUGAUUCAGGGGUGCGGCAGUGCUAGUACGCUUGGCUCAUUUUUGGGUUACGUUAUUUGAUACCUAUAUGGCGAUUUGAGUGACACGAUCAACAGUGAACUGUUUGGUAGAUUUGCGACUUUACAUUUAAUUGUGAGUGAACUAAUUCUGACAAUUUUCUCCAAGGCCAGGCUUCACCAGCCAGCAUGCACAUCCACUUGUGCACCGAUAGAAUUCUUCAUCGUCCGAACAGUUGUACAAGAAGUAGUUUCAUGUGCAUGCUGAAGACUUCACUUGGUAUCGAACUAUCUCGCUUGCGCGUCUAGGUUCUUAUUCAUCUUGAGAAAUUAAUAUCCCCCGUCUCGCAACGCAAACACUAAAACUCAACAAGGUUGAUCCGCGCCAGAGCCAGGUCGAGAAUAAGCAAACAUAAAGAUUGAGGCUGCAAAAAAAUGCUGGCAGUUCAGUUGGCAU